AUGGUCGCUUCUCAUGAGACCGCAGAUGACGGUGUAUCUCCCCAUCCAUACUGGUAUGCACGGGUGCUUGGCAUCCAUCAUGUCAUGGUUGAACAUCCAUCCAUACGCAAAGCUACUCGAAUGGAGUUUUUACGUGUGAGGUGGUUUGGUCGUGAUCCUGACUGGGCGAGUGGGCCAGGGGCUCUUCGCCUUGAUCGCAUUGGCUAUGUGCCGGACUCAGAUGACGAGGCAUUCAGAUUUCUUGUUCCUAGUCAUGUCUUACGUGCAUGCCAUCUCAUUCCUGCUUUUGCGCUAGGGAAAACGAUGGAUUUGCUUGGACCUUCAAAGUAUCGCGACUCGGACGAAGGGGAUUGGGUCAAUUACUAUGUCAUGAGAUAUAUCGACAGAGACAUGAUGAUGCGCUAUCUGGGGACCGGCAUUGGACACAUGCAUCCUCCCGGGUUUCCGAACGAGACUCAGUCACUCCAAAUUGUUUCCGAAGAUCGUUAUGUGCCUCCUGCAACAAGACUCGACAAGCGGACAAUUUGUGAUGUCUCCGAAGACUCUGACUCGGACGCGUGGAACGAAGAUGGUUCAGAGAAAGACUUUGAUGAAAAUGUAUAUGAACUCUGA